AUGGAGCCAGAACUGGCUUUAAUGGUUCCAUCGGCACAAACCGUUGCGAUUUCCGCAUAUAUUGACUUUUUGCCGGAGAUUCAGUACUCAAAGCCAGUGGGAACAUCCCGAUUUCUAAAAGCAGUCAAGUGUUUGGAUAAAAAUGGUACGGCAAUUGUCAAACUUCUUAUUAAGCCUACAUCCGAGAUAAAUUUAGGUAGCUAUUUGGAAGAAAUGGAAAAGACAAGAAUAAAAUUAGUGGGUUUAUCGAAUGCGCUUCCUUAUCACCUUAUCCUGGAUUCUCAAAGGGCUUGCUAUUUUAUACGCCCAUACCUCCGAUACAAUUUAUAUGAAAGACUUUCAAUUCGUCCAUUUUUAGAGGAUGUGGAAAAGAAAUGGAUUAUCUAUCAGCUUCUAACAGCUCUUUCGCAAUUUCAUGCCAAGGGCGUAACACACGGUGACUUGAAAACAGAAAAUAUUCUUUUGACUUCAUGGAAUUGGUGCAUGAUCACAGAUUUUGCCACAAUAAAACCUACAUACCUUCCAGACAGGAAUCCUCUUCAAUUUUCGUUUUAUUUUGAUACAGCUCAGAGGCAUAGUUGUUGUCUGGCUCCUGAGCGUUUUGUGUCGCUUAGUGAUGAAGAAACCAGCAAGAUGAAUACAAAGGAAAAAGUGACGGAGUCAAUGGAUAUAUUUGCAUUGGGAUGUGUUAUAGCUGAAAUUUAUACGGAGGGAUUACCAAUAUUUACGUUAUCGCAAAUGUUUAAGUACAAGAAAGGCCAAUACAUACCUAAUCUAGAUUCAGUGAAAGAUUCAAAUGUUCGCAAAAUGAUCAAAAGUAUGAUAAGCUUAAAUCCUGAAGAAAGGUUAAGUGCCAGUGAAUACUUACAAAAAUUUAGAAAAUUAGUGUUUCCAGAUUACUUUUACACUUUCCUAUAUGCUUACGUGAAAGACCUUUCUAAAAACCAUAAUUCGGAUUCUGCUACUCAAUUUGGGGGUUGUGACAGGAAGAUUAAUUGUAUUUACAACGAUUUUGGAAAGAUUGCUUUUUACUUGAAUUUCAAACGAAUAGCGACAAGAAAAUCACCUCAAAGUUUUAAUGAGCCUAUAGGUUCUAUAAUUCCAAUGGAGAUAAACUUGCCUGGCGUUCAGCGCCAUGCACCUAGACCUACAUCCGAAAUAUUUACCAAUGAAACAAAUGGUGACUGCGCUGGACUUAUCAUUCUUUCCGUGGUCUUAUAUACACUAAGGAAUACUACUCAUGCAUCAUUACGUAUGAAAGCAUGCGAGCUGAUAUUGGCAAUUGCUGAACAGCUUCACGACGAAGCAAAACUUGAUCGUUGCUUGCCGUAUUUAAUAUACAUGCUUGAUGAUCCCGGGGAAGAUGUACAGGGUACGGCGCUACGAACAUUAACACAACUACUUAAAAUAGUGGAUACAGUAACACCAAUGAAUACGUCUAUUUUUCCUGACUAUUUGCUACCGAAGCUUGAAAGUUUUUUGAGGCGGUCGUACACAAAUGAAGAAGAGGCUCCCGAUUUAGGGAAAGAUAAAAAUUCAAUUUCAUACAUACGGACAAUAUUUGCAUCCUGUUUGCCACAUCUUGCGUUAUCAUCAAAAAGAUUUAAAGAACUUUCCGUUCUUAUGACUAUGCAUAUAAAAACAUUUAAUGAUCCAGAAAUAGAGAAUCAUCUUACAAUAGAUGAUGAUUCUUAUAUCGAAGAGGGAUAUCAGAGAACUAUUAGAUGCUUUGAAAACUUGACAAUUCAGAUAAUGACAGAUCCAGAUGCAAACGUUAGAAUUGGCUUACUUAGAAAUAUUCUUCCACUCUGUACAUUCUUCGGUAGGGACAAGACAAACGAUGUAAUUUUGAGCCACCUUAUUACUUAUUUGAAUGAUAAAAAUACUCAACUAAAGUUGGCUUUCGUUUCGAGCAUUGUUACGAUAUCAAUAACCGUUGGAAUUGUGAGCCUUGAACAAUACAUAUUACCACUACUAGUGCAAGCUCUAACCGAUCCUUCCGAACUUGUUGUUUUUGAAUUACUUAGAGUUUUCACAGAAUUAAUAGGACUUGGGUUAAUCAGGAAGCAAUAUUUGUUGAAUUUGGUGAAAUUCACGGUUAAACUUACUUUACAUCCAAAUACUUCAAUCAGGGAAGCGGCUUUAAAUCUUACAAUUACAGCAGGAAAACAGCUCUCAUUUGCUGACCUUUAUUGCAUGCUUUAUCCAAUAAUCAGACCAUACUUCAAGCAUGAAAUUACAUCAUUUCGAUGGAGCAGCCUUUUCAUUUUAUCACAGGAUCCGAUUCCCCGUUCGGUAUAUACAAUUACGAAGAGCUGGUCUCUCAAAAAUGAACCCACCCUUUUUUGGCAAAGAUCCAGCUCAAAGAAAAGUCAAGGAGGAAUCGAUUUAUUUGGAAAUCUAGAUCUGCCAUUUAUGAGGAAGGAAAGCUCGGAUGAUAAUAGGUACAGAAAUUUGACUAGAAAUUAUUUGCCUCAUGCUUCUGAUGUUGUUGGUAAUCUUGAAAUUCCCUUAAGCACAGAGGAUUUUAAACAGAUUUCAAGAUUGAAAAACAUUGGCUUUGAAAACUCAGAACUUUGGAAAAUAGCAACAUUACGUUUAUAUAUUUACAAAGUGGCACAUGCAUCGUACAACAGCAGCAACAGGUUGAAAGAUAACACAUCCUACUCUAACCGUCUCAACAUUCUUCCCAGAAGUGUGUUUAUUGACAUUUCUUACAGUCACAGUGCAUUGGAGAAUGCAUCUCAACUAAAUUCUGAAUCGAGAAGUAUUCAACGCAACGGUACUUCUGAAGUAAUUUUGGAGCCAAAAAGUAAGUUUGAAGAGAACGAUAAUUCUAAGGGUAAACCAAAACUUGUGAUUAGUUCAAAAGUAUCACUGCCUUCUACGGAACAGUCAAGUGAUAUAGCGAGGGGAAAUACGUGGACAAGCUCAGGCUUGAACGCUGAAGGAAAAAUGAUUUAUCAGGGCUCCAUUAUUUCUGGAGGAAGAAUUAUUAAUAUUAACAAGGAAGAGCCACCGAAAUAUUCCUUGGUUACUAAAAUGAAAUAUAGCUAUAAUGGAAACAACAGAUAUAUUAUCAAAUUCCUCAAAAGUUUGCACUUUGAACCAGAAUUGGCAGAUUAUCAAGAGUUUGGGAAGGCAAUAAAAAGGUCUGGAAUGUACAUUCAUCAAAAACAUACAGAUGAAGCAGUGAGCGAUUUCAAAAAAAAUAGUAUCAGCAAAAAUGUCUCAAAGAAAUCCCUACUUAUUUCGCAAAUAGCGGGCAGCGAUAGCUUACUAGAAUUUGUUAUUUCAUCUUGUGAUGGCGCUUUUUUAAUAACAGGAGAUAAGAAAGGAGAUAUUAAAGUUUGGGAUAGUACACAUUUGGAAAGCCCAGCAAACACUAAGAUAUUUUGCUCGUUGAGUCUUGGAUCCAGAGUGACAUCUCUUUGUGGCAUGUCAAAAUAUAACUGCUUUGCUGUGGCGACGGAAGACCGUAUGAUUAGAAUAAUUCGGAUGGAACCAAUAUUACUCUCGAAUGUGGUUGGUAAACCAAAAAAGGCGGCAAGCGUUAAGAUCAUUAGACAGUACAAAACAAAGGAAGAAGAAGGAUUUGCAUCAAUUUUGAAAUUUUGCAAUGAAGAUAACCAGUUAACUGAUGACACACUAAUACCUCAUUUAGUUUACUGCACCGUUAGAUCUAAGAUAGUCUUUAUUGAUAUAAGGGAAAUGAAACCGAUAUAUAUUAUUCAGAAUGACCUCUCACAUGGGAUUCCAACUGCAAUAUGCGUGGGAAGCAAUCUUUCAUGGCUACUUAUUGGAAGUUCUGAAGGUAUAUUAGACUUAUGGGAUCCUUCCCUAAUGUUGCACAUGAAUUCAGUUGGAUUUAGACAUCAAAGUUAUCAAAUUAAUAAUCUUGAAUUUCUCCCGCAUUUUUUUGAAACAGAUCUGGCUGAAUCACAUUAUGUGGCUGCAAUAGGUGGAACUGGAAAAGCAGAUGUCAUAAUAUGGGAUAUUUCAGAUUUACGUCCUGCGAUAGUACUUUGCUCUUCUUCUGUAAGUUCAUCUGUCGACACAUAUAAUGUUAAAGAUCUUGAUGAGAAAAAUAAAGUGAGCAGCGAGGAUACAUUAGCACCUACCAAUUUUUUGGUGAGAAAAGAGGAUAUCGAAACCGAUCAGAGUUGCACGGCAAUGGAGGUUGUAUUUCCCCUAUCAAAUGAUGAGACUACCGGCAUUUUGUGCUCUACACCAGCAGGCGAAAUUAUUCUUUGGAAUCUUCCGGAUUACGGUAAAUCGCGAGUUAUAGUACAUCCUGAUAAGCAUCGUAAUGAAAGCCAGAAAAAUGAGGUUUCGUUUGCUUAUUCGAAGGUCAACUCUCAUCUUUCAUUUGUUAAUGAAGUCCAUGCAAAUGGAAAUAAUGCCGAUAUCUGGACAAUGAAGAUACAUUUCAAAAUGGGCAUGUUGACAAAUCAGAAAAUGACAUUAUUAAGGACAUCACAGUUCUACUUGACCCAUAUAACUUGA